AAAGAACGAAAAACCCUCAAAAAACGCCAUUUCCACACUCACUAGUCACUACCUUUUACUCCAUUCCGACUCUUCACUGAUCUUGCUCUAAAACAACUCAAACGCCAUUUUCAAAUUAAACAAUGAAGAUGACAUCUGAGAAUGUUAUUCCUAGAAAGCGACCGUUAGACGACGGUUCAAAAAGUUGUAACCAUAGAACAAUGGUGCAAGCGGUUCGUGAUUUCCCUCCCGGUUGUGGAAUAAACGAAGCCGAAAGAAAGCCGUUGAAGGUUUUAACAAAGGCUCACUCGGAUCUUGGAAAGACGACUUCCCAUGAAAAUGAAACUAAACAAAAAGAGUUUGCAAGAAACAAGACUUUUGCCGCGUCAAGGCCAUCCAGUAAGGUUAAGUUUUGGGAUCCCACAUGCACGAAGGCCGGUUUUGACCAAAAACCGAAAGUCACCACCACUAUUCGAACGCAGGGGAAGCUUAUGAAGAAUUUCGACAAUGUUGACUCGAGUAUUAGGAAGAUGACUACGAAUAGCGAGGAUGAGUUGGAUAAGUUGGUGAACGCUCGCCCUUAUGAGAAUAGUAAACUUAAAAGUUUUGAACCGAAAGAAUUGGGGAGAAGCAAAUCUUAUUUGGGCAAAAGAUCGGCGGCUAAAGUUAAAUUUUGGGACCCGACGUGUGAAGUGCAAAAAUCAGAAGACACGACAACUGUUGUAUCGGAUAAGGAAAAGAUUCAACGUGAAAAGAUCAAAGAAGCGAUGGACAUUUUUGAUCAGGUUUAUGAAUCGUUUUACCAACAGAACAAAAUGAAGCAAGACGGUGAAAAGAUUCCUCUUUCGAAAGUUCCAACGGAAGUUGCUAAAAUAGUAAAAAAGAAGCUGAAAUGGAUGGAUCCUGAAAAGAUAGCGGGAUCUGUAUGCGGUGUUCAAAUUGGAGAUAAGUUUAAAUUCAGGUCACAGCUUAUGAUGGUUGGUCUUCAUAGUCAACCGCAUUCAGGCAUUGAUUAUGCCAACAUUGAAGGACAGAAUGUGGCUAUAAGCGUUGUGGAUGCUCGUCGUUAUUCAAAUGAAAGUGGGUCUAGUGAUACGCUUAUUUAUUCUGGUCAUGGUGGGAGUGGUUUGUACGGGAGUAACGUGCCACCCGAAGAUCAGAAACUUAUAAGAGGUAAUAUGGCUAUGAAGAACAGUAUGGAUAAGAAAUUCCCGGUUCGUGUGAUGAGGAAAGUCGUGGGGUUUGGAAAGGAUGUGUAUGUGUAUGAUGGUUUGUACAUUGUGGAGAAAUGUACACAAGGAAAAAGUGAAGAAGGAAAGAUUGUGUUCAAAUUUCAUCUUAAAAGAUUACCAGGGCAGCCUUCACUUCACAGUAUGAUGAUGAAAUGGUAGAGUAGGUGAGGUCACGUGCACUGUUUAUGCAUGCACCUUUUUAGUUAUGUUGUUUGAUGAAUUAAGUGCAGUUAGAUAUGUCUAUAUAUCUGUAGUCAUUGCAUCAGAAUCUUAUUAGGGGUAGCUUCGUUUCCUAACAUGGAAUCUCUUUACUUAUGCAUGUAAAUCCUUUUUAAGUUUUAACGUAUCGAAUCUCAUGACUUUUUAACGUUCA